UCGCCUGCCCCUGCCGCCGCGGCCGCCGUCGCUGCCGUAGCCGCCGCCGCCACCGCCGCUACUGCUGCCGCCAACACCGCUGGAGAAGAAGCACGAGAGGGGACGCCCCCGAGUGAAAGCCACCAUCCUGCCGGCCUCUCCACCCGGGCCGCUUCCCUUCCGCCCCGGUCCCCGUCCCCUCCCCCCUCAGGUGCCAUCCGCCUCCAUCCGCGCCCUCGAUCCCCCCAUCCCCAGGUGAGGGGGCUGAGCCCCGGUCGCGGAGACCCAAAGGAGCCCGGCAGGGUCAUCAUUUGCAGCGCGACAUGGCAGGAGCUGGAGGAGGGAAUGACAUUCAGUGGUGUUUUUCUCAGGUGAAAGGAGCCGUAGAUGAUGAUGUAGCAGAAGCAGAUAUAAUUUCUACAGUAGAGUUUAAUCAUUCUGGAGAAUUGCUAGCGACAGGAGAUAAAGGUGGGAGAGUUGUCAUCUUUCAACAAGAGCAGGAGAACAAAAUCCAGUCUCAUAGCAGAGGAGAAUACAAUGUUUACAGCACCUUCCAGAGCCAUGAGCCAGAAUUUGACUACUUGAAAAGCUUAGAAAUAGAAGAGAAGAUCAACAAAAUUAGGUGGUUACCCCAGAAAAAUGCUGCCCAGUUUUUAUUGUCUACCAAUGAUAAAACAAUAAAAUUAUGGAAAAUCAGUGAAAGAGACAAAAGACCAGAAGGCUAUAACUUGAAAGAGGAGGAUGGAAGGUAUAGAGAUCCUACUACAGUCACUACACUACGGGUGCCAGUGUUUAGACCCAUGGAUCUAAUGGUGGAGGCCAGUCCACGGAGAAUAUUUGCCAAUGCCCAUACCUACCACAUCAACUCAAUUUCUAUCAAUAGUGAUUAUGAAACCUACUUAUCAGCGGAUGAUUUGCGGAUUAAUCUCUGGCAUCUGGAAAUUACAGACAGGAGUUUUAAUAUUGUGGAUAUCAAGCCUGCCAAUAUGGAAGAGCUCACAGAGGUGAUUACAGCAGCAGAAUUCCAUCCCAACAGCUGUAAUACAUUCGUGUACAGCAGCAGUAAAGGAACUAUUCGGUUAUGUGACAUGAGGGCAUCUGCACUCUGUGACAGGCAUUCUAAAUUGUUUGAAGAGCCUGAAGAUCCCAGCAACAGGUCAUUUUUUUCUGAAAUCAUCUCCUCUAUUUCUGAUGUAAAAUUCAGCCAUAGUGGUCGCUAUAUGAUGACUAGAGACUAUUUGUCAGUCAAAAUUUGGGACUUGAAUAUGGAAGACAGGCCUGUGGAGACAUACCAGGUACAUGAAUACCUCAGAAGUAAACUUUGCUCACUGUAUGAAAAUGACUGCAUAUUUGACAAAUUUGAAUGUUGUUGGAAUGGGUCUGACAGCGUUGUCAUGACUGGAUCCUACAAUAAUUUCUUCAGAAUGUUCGACCGGAACACAAAGCGGGAUAUAACUCUAGAAGCAUCACGAGAAAACAAUAAGCCUCGCACAGUUUUGAAGCCACGCAAAGUUUGUGCAAGUGGCAAACGAAAGAAAGAUGAAAUAAGUGUUGACAGCCUAGAUUUCAACAAGAAAAUCCUUCAUACAGCUUGGCACCCCAAGGAGAACAUCAUUGCCGUAGCGACUACAAACAAUCUGUACAUAUUUCAAGACAAAGUGAAUUAGGCUGGCAUUCCUAGCAGAGGGAGCCACUUCCUGCUUAGUGAGAUAGUUGAAUCUAGCAUUCAUACCUAUAAGAGAGCGGUCCAUUGUGGCGCCCCUUUCCAGUGUUUGACAGUGUGCCAUUCGACAACACAUAUGAUAGCCUCAUGGAGAAAGCUGUGUGGAUGCGUCCCGGGCUGUUCUCCAUGUCUGCUAGCCAUUUAGGAAAGGGAAGGGCACUUUUAAUUUAAUGACUUCUUGCACCAUCUUGCCUGGUGGACUGGACUGGACUGUUGUCAGCAUUGUUGUACUCCACUUUUUAUGCCUUCCAUUGUGAUGACGUCAAACACAGUGAACGCCUUCAGUCAUGCUAUGGGAUUUGUGUAUCCUCAUUACUGUAUCAUUUGUGGGGUACACCCCUCUUUUUUAAAUUAAAUACAGCUCAUUCUUACUGUGGCUUGUAGCAUUCCUCCUCUCUGGCCUCCUGGACUCUUCCCCCUCCAUCUCUUACCCUUGCCCUUUCCACCUGGUCUCGGUGGUGGCAUAUCAAAAAAAGGAAGAACUAAAGAAAGCACACAAAAUGAGUCAGUCUGGGGUCAGUGGUAAUGGGGGUAUAUGUUGCGAACAAAUGUUUUCAUAACAGUUGGCUGUAAUCACUCCUUGCCAUGUCUGGCACUGAAAAUAAGGAAAAAAAACCUACUACUGAAUAAAAGUGACAAAGAAUGGAGAAUCUGGUUUUCUUUUUCUUUUUCUUCUACCUCUUUAAACCACCAAUAUUUUGUGUCAUAUCCUUGGGUGCAGUGAAAUGAAAUGGGUUUCUAUUGUCUCCUUGGUAUUUUUAUGAACUAUUUUUAACAAGUGUUCUUUUCCAUGGAGCCUCGGAGAGAGGUGUGGUUCUGUUCACCCAUACGUUGAACAUAUAUUAUUGUUAAGGGUUCACAGUCUAGAGAUGCUGGAGGGUUCUGUGUUUUGUGUCUGCUUAAUUCUUCUGUUCAUGAAGUUGCUGUAAAUGAGAACCACGGUUGUAGAGCUUCACUUUGAAGUCUUCUUCCAGUGCUUAAUUUCAUUUUGUCUUAGGAAAUACCAAGUAGACAAGCUGACUUUUCUUGCUGUUGUGGCACAGCAGAGUGGAAUUCCAUCUGGAAAUAACUUGGUAGAUGAAGCCCAUGCUGCACUGAAGAGCUGUUUUGUACUGCUUGCUAUGGAAUCAGAAGGAAUUGUACUUUGCCAUAGAUACACCUUUUCUUUUGGUUUUCCAAAGGUAUACUCGGGACAAGCUUUUAAAGGUACAGUGCUGCACGGACUGCAACAGCUGCAUAGUACCAGAUGGGAGUCUACCCACAUUGUCCCAGUGCUGAGGCCCUAGCCAAAGAUGGAGAGUGCCCCAGUUAGUGUGGAACUGCCCUUGGUCAGUCCUGCAGGAAGCUUUAUGGAGAGAGAAUGGACUUUAUUUUUAAAAGAUGAAUGAGCAGGUGUUUAUAUGAGAAUGGUAGUAUAUUUUGGUUGAACAGUAAUAUAACAAUGUUGAAUUUAGAGGACUCUGCGUGCUUAUAUAUUUCCACUGCCUAUUGUUCUUCAGUAAUGAAAAAUGAUUAAACAACUUCACCACAGUUCCCUCUACACUUACACAAAUAUGUCUUGUACAUUAACAUUUUUAGCACACAGGAGAAAUUUUAUGUAAUAAAGUUACUGUAUCUUUUGGACUUAAAUUUGAAUUUGUAUUUAAACGAUGAUAUGUCUGAUUCUUAAUGGCACUUUUACUAAUUUAUUUUGGGAUCUUGGGUGCACUCCUAGUCUUGUUACUUACUCUUUUGGCUUUCAAGUAGAUAGUUGUCUACCCAGAAGGAUCAGCUUUACUCAUUUUUGGUUGGGCAACUUUCUGGAUCUUUCGGGAUGGCGGUUUCCCUACAGUUUGGCCUUGAAACCACCAAGUAGUUCUUAGGAACUUUUUUUUUUUAUUCAAAUGGUAGUUUUGUGAUUCUCAUUCAUAACUAUAAGGGUUAGUUUUAUAUAGUCAAAGGAAACCUACUUGCCAAACUUAAGAUGCCUCUAUUAGGAUUGCUAUCAUAAACUAUUGUAACAUCUUAAGUGGCUUUUUAAUUUCUUUGGUGUAGCAAACUAUAAGCCCAGCCACUCAUUUUAUAUCGUCAACUUUUAUUAAUAAAAAUUACAGAAUAAACCUA